AUGGCGCUGGCAACCGCUUCUCGUUCGCUGAACGACGGGAAUGCGCCAACAAUCCACUCUCCGCCGCUCCGUCCUCCAGAAGCAGGCUCCUUCGGCCGCCCUUGGGCUGGCCGUUCGUUGAUGCGCGGGUUCUGUGCGCAGACAAGAGCGCGGCCCACUUCCCAGAGCCCCAGCGGCGCGCCGCAAGCUGGCCUCUGCGCAAGUACCUGCUCCCACAUGCAUGUCGUACGCAAGUCAAAUCUGCUGAGGACAACAUCAGCUACCGAACCUGAUGGAGUCAUGCUACACAGCAUCGUUUGGCUCCCAGCAAAAGUCACGUCGUCUCGUUCAGCUCGGGAUGGCUUCGUCAACUUUGGUACGGUACCCUUCCCCUUGGCUAGUACAGAGACUAUACACGAGCCGUCGCCGCGGCACACGGCUGCUCUCUGGAGUGAGUCCUUCCGAAACAGCGGGAGUCCUCUAACGUCGUCCCGGCUCGGUUGCUUUUGCUGCUGGGGAAGCCCUGUCAUCACAUCAGAGCCGCGCCGAGCUGCUCAGACCCUCUCCUUCACGCACAGUACGAAGCCUAAUUUCCCUGCCGUGAAAAAUUCUAAUGUCUCACAGAGUGUACCAGUCACCGCUUGGAGCAUGUUAAUGUUUACCGCUACUUGCUGCCCCUCCUUAAUCAAGUACUUUGUAUUCGUUGAUACUGGCCCACUACUGCUGCCCACCGCUCCUCCGGCUCCACUCUUAUUCGACGGGGAACUACGAACAACAACAACAUUGACGGUGGUGCUGCAUGGAUAUGAUCUCCCCGCGAGAAGAGUGCCUUACCAGAUUAAGGCCAUCUGCGCCGCGCGCUGCUUUUGA